CCAUGCGGAUCCACGGCAAAGUAGUUGUGAUCGCCGUGUGUUUCGGAGUUUUCCUACUUUUGUACUUUUUGGGGGGCAACGCCGCGGACGAUCCGCUGUUGAAAGAAGUUGUAGAGGAGGAGGAGGAGGAGGACAGUAACUCUUCCCCGUCGCCCUCUGAGCUCGGACGCGAUGUUGCAGCAAAGUUUGCGAAGAAAUCCUCCGCCGGAGUCGGUGUGCGUGCGGAAGAGCCUCUCAAGAGGCGAAAAGAGGGGAGAGCGAUCAGCAGAGGGGCCAGCGUGAAUGCAAAGAGUAAAUCACCAAGUAAUGUGGCCCGACCUCUGAUAAAGCGCACACGGGCAGAGGAGGUCAUGCACCUGGCUGUGGUGGCCUGUGGGAAUCGUCUGGACGAGACCCUCACCAUGGUCAAAUCAGCCCUCCUGUUCAGCCUCAAGGGGAUCAAGUUUCACAUUUUUGCUGAGGACCCUUUGGCCCCGCAGUUUAAAGAAAGGCUGAACCAGUGGCCUCGCUCCGUCUCAGCCAAGUUCCAGUACAGUAUCUACCCCAUCACCUUCUCUGUGGGGAACGCUGACGAAUGGAAGAAGCUCUUCAAGCCGUGUGCUGCUCAGAGACUCUUCCUCCCUGUCAUCCUGAAAGACGUGGACUCAUUACUCUAUGUAGACACUGAUGUGCUGUUCCUGCGGCCCAUGGAUGAUAUCUGGAGUCUCCUCAAGUCCUUCAACAGCACCCAGCUGGCAGCAAUGGCCCCAGAGCACGAGGUCCCAAAGAUUGGCUGGUACAGCCGCUUUGCACGCCACCCUUUCUAUGGAGUCACAGGGGUCAACUCUGGUGUCAUGCUGAUGAAUCUCACAAGGAUCCGCAGCACAAUGUUCAAAAACAGUAUGAUCCCCAGUGGCCUGUCAUGGGAGGAUCUUCUACAUCCACUCUAUCAGAAGUACAAGAACCACAUCACCUGGGGAGACCAGGACCUCCUCAACAUUAUCUUCCACUACAACCCAGAGUGUCUCUUCAUCUUUCCCUGCCAGUGGAACUACAGGCCCGAUCACUGUAUGUAUGGGAGUAACUGUAAAGGGGCUGAAGAGGAGGGCGUGUCCAUCCUCCAUGGCAACCGUGGAGUGUAUCAUGAUGACAAGCAGCCAGCGUUCAAAGUAGUCUAUGAUGCAAUACGUGAUUUUCCCUUUGAGGACAACCUGUUCCAGUCGCUGUUCUACCCCAUCCAGACCAAGUUCCUGGACACAGUCAACACCCUGUGCGGUCGGAUUCCGCAAGUCUUCCUCAAGCAGAUAGAAAAGUCCAUGAGGAAGGUGUUUGAGGAGAAAGUGGUCCGACACGUCAGGCCGCACAAAUAACUGAUUGAGAAAUUGACUCCCUAGUUUAUCUGACAACACCAAGGACCAUCUUUCUGUGGAUUAUGUGUCAUACCAGCGUCUCCCAGAUUGUCGGCUCUAUGUUUGCAGUGUAUUCAACACAUAACACUUCCUGGAAUGGUCUUAUGGACAUUAUGAUCCUCUAGUGAUGGGAUGGGUAAUAAGCCUAUAUAUACAGACAAGCAUACAGUGCUGGUCAGUGAUGCCGUAGAAUAGGUUUGCCUUAUUGUUGUCUUAAACUUGCAACAUCCCAGUUAUGUACGGUGAUGAAAUGUAUGAGAAUGAUGGGGAAAAAAAAAGACUGCAUGAAUUCUUUUUUGUCAAGAAUUAUAAAAGUAUCAGCUCUUCAUCUCAAGUGUAGGCUAAAAGCAAAAUCUAAGGCAUACUGUAUGUGUGUCAACCGAGCAUUUAACAAAAGUACCUACCUUUAUUUUUCCUCAUGAACAUGGCAUACACUAAACAAAGUCAGCUUUGGACGUUACUACUUGAAGUUGUAGAUUCAUAAACCACUCGCCACAUGUGAAUGUUUUACCAGCAAAUAACUUGAAAUGUGAGCCUGUGUGAAUGAGGUGCCAAUUCUGGUCUGUUCUGCAGAUGCCAAAUGCCACUGACAGUAUUAAAUACAGCACAACAGAGGAAAUAUGGACUUUUAUGUUACAUACCCAAUGUUAAAAUGCACUUUCAGAAUGAUAUUAGGACUGGAUUGUUGUUUGUACAUAACAUGUCCACAUUAGAUGCUAAGUGAAUCGAAACCAAAAGUGCUAGCAUUUAAAAAUCGUAACAUACUACAACUGAUUAAAGUUGCAAUCAAAGUGAUUCAACCCUGCUGAGUAUGUAAGAGUUUACACAUUAAAGGUUUUCUGAAGAUCUAGAAUUUUUAUAAAUAACAUUUGCAUGAGUUGAGUGACAUAAUCAAAUUGAUAAUGAACUUGUGUAACACAUUCUUUCUGAGUCGCAGGAUCUUUUUGUAAUACAGGCCUGUCAUAAUUAUGAAACCCCUAUUUAAUAGUGCUGUUUUUUAAUCACUUACUAGUAUGUAAGGCUACCAAAUUGUUGCAAAGCACAAUUAAGCUUUUGAAAAGUCUGUAACAACAUUGAAUUUGCUUCAGCUGUGAUACAGAUAUACAUCCUCCCUAUGCCGGUGUUCAAGCUGAGUAGCAAACGGCAAAGAAAAAGGAACUGUCUCAAAAGCUAAGAGAAGAAAUUAUUUCAUUGCACCAAAAAGGCAAUGGUUACACGAAGAGAUCCAAGACACACCUUCCAAGAGACAUGGUUGACAGCAUCAUACGCAAGUUUAAAACUCCUGGUACAGCAGCAAACCUUCCUGAGCGUGGAAGAAAGAGCAAAAUUUCUCCAAGGUGAAUCAGACAUUUGAAAACAACAGCUGAGAAAAACCCUCGUGUUACUGCCAAAGACUUGCAGGAGGACCUGAUGAAGGCAGGUGCAAAUGUAUCAGUACAGACUAUAAGAAGAAUACUAAACUAGCAAGGACUUGCCCGGGAACCUUGCCACACUUGAUUCUUGACCAAAAAGCACAUUAAAAAAAAAGUCGACUUUGCAAGAAAAAAUGUGGAUAGGCCUGUAGAGUUCUGGGAGUCUGUCUAUGGAGCGAUGAGACUAAACUGGAACCGUUUGGACCCAUGGAUCAGCGAUGAUUUUGGGGUUGAAUAAUUUUGCUUACGUGCCUUUUUGGAGAAAAUUUGAUUUAUCUUUAGUACUAUUAGUAAGCUCAACAUUAUGUUUUCAAAAAUCACUCAAAUAUGUAUUAUGAAACUUUCUUUGACUGUUUACCAUGGCCUUGAUAUGUUUUCAUUGAAUUUUAUUCACAUCACUAGACUGUCUUGCCAGGUUAAGGGAUUGAAUAAUUUUGAUUGCAACUGUAUGUGCCAUAUAAAUAUUCUCGUCUGCCAUGUUUACUAUUACAAGAUAAUGAGUGGUAUAGACGUGUGUGUUUGAGACGGUAUGGUAUCUUAGUUUGUAAUAUGAUGUAUGGCCUGUUGUGAACACAUGGAUCAUAUGUUUUAGCAGCAGUACUUUCAAUGUGGUGUAAUGAUCUAAAUAUAUCAUUCAAACUGGAAACUGAAAAUGGCUGUACAGUCAACAUGUGUUUCUAAAUAAAUCAAUGCAAUGUA